CGUUUCUAGUAAUGUGAAGCGUAAUGGCGCACUAGUUUGUCCCUGUGCGCUCGCCGUCCUUUCACAUGAUUUCCACAGCGUGUGACUGCCCUGCAUUCCUCAAGUGGCGAUAUUUUCUCUGUGUGGAAGUGAUUAAAACUUACGGCGAGCGAAACGUAAACAUGGCGUGAAAACACGCUCCGUGGCCGUGUUUUGAGUGAUCUGCGGCGAACAGCGGACCGUCUGCGGCGUGACAGGCGAUUACUAAGAUCAGAAUUCGCGGAUAAAACAUCAGUUCCACUUUUUGUGUUUUAGUAGUUGUGUGUGUGUGUGUGUGUGUGUGUCAGAGUGCAUCUUCAGCCUGCUCGGGCGGAUGGAUACAAGAUAGCCGAUGACUGAGGGGCUUCUGGGGGCUUCGCGUCGGUCAUGGCUGAGCUUCUGCAGCCAGAUUCAAGAAUGUGUAACUAUUUCUUCCUAUAUGAUGGAUCCAAGGUCACAGGAGAGGCUGAUCCUACAAGAGACGGAAUCUGCUACUUCUACCCUGAAGAGGUCUGGCUGACACAAAGUGCUGCAAGCUGCACGUCUAGUGUGUGUGUGUGUGUGAGGGAGUGUGUCGAAGAUGAUAACAAUCUCCCAGCACUUUUCUACAACGGCCCUGUCCGCCGCAGCUAUCAGCUCAACAGUCAGGAAACCCUGGCAGCCCAGUGGGCGAGGUACCUCUCUCACAUGCAGUCAGGAUCCACAGAGCUCAGUCACAUCUUCAGCUGCUUGAAGACCAUCGACUCGACUAACGUUGACCCUCUUCUCCUGCUCAAAGCGGCCCUCAUUCUUCAGGCCUGUCAGCGCUGCCCUCUAGUGUCAGCCGGAUGUAUUCUGUUCAGAGGAAGAGUUGUCAGCACACAGAUGUCUCCAGGGCUCACAAUGAAGGUCAUGGUUCACGAGACUGAAACAUACACCAAGGUAGGACUUCAACAUUUGUCCAGAGGCAUGCCUGUCCAGGUUAAUGUGCUUCUGUUAUUGUGUGUCUCUGCAGCCAACCUGUCUGGCCGGUCAGGGGGAGCCUGGGAUCAAGCCUUUGUCAGAGCCACAUCACUUCUUCACUCGCAUUUCUGUAACACUGAGACUCUGCAGGAGGCUAUUAUCAGGAAUGCCAGCACAGCUGUGUAUGGAACCCGCAGCGUGGCCCAGGAGACUUACUUCCAGCAGAACGGAGGCUCGCUGAGGAACUCGGGCAUCCCGAACCACCAGGACAGCGCUUUCUCGCUGCCCAGCAAGGCCCGGCACAGACUGCUGAAACACGGGGUUAACCUGCUCUGACAGGCCAGCGUCGGGUCGUUCAGGAGGAAAUGUAUUUCACUGGGAGAAGGACUGCCCUGUAAGUAACAUUAAAGAAAUAAAAUGGAAAAAAAAGCUCUGCUGUAGGAAAUUUUACAACAGGAUUACAUCUUCUUUGCUGCCCUCCAGCUGUGGUUUACUUGUUCCCAUGACAUGCUGUCCAUUACCGUACGCUGUGGCACUGUGCUGUAAAACCCUCGUGGAUCUCAUAUUCACAGCAGAACAGUUUUUUUUAAUUUAUAUUGUAACUAUAAAUUUGCUAUGACAGGAUGCUUGUUAAAGCUUAGGCAAAGUAGGUUAUGUUUACUUCCAUGCUUGUAUGAGUCUAAUUUUAUUUGUUACAUUUAAAAAAAAAUAAUAAAGUAACUGUCUGCAGCAGAUGUUUUUGUUGCUUUCACUCAUGCAUUUAGACUGAAUCCUCUCCCACAUUUGAGAAGAAAAACAUGCUUGUUCGCUGCUCCUGUAUUGGCUUAUUUGUCUAGAAGUUCUAAAGCAUUUUAUAAUCAACUCUAUGUCAGCAAUCAAAAAGUGUUAUUUAAAUAUUUGGCUAUUAGGACUGUGAUUUGUCUUUAUUGUUGCCAUUUACACAAAAUGUGUGUAUUCGAAGGUUGUCUGAGAAGAGGUUUGCUGUGAUGAACUUGUGUGUGUUUUAAAAUAAAAUGAAUAUGUGAUCCGCUCU